UAGUCAUACUUUUCAUUGUUACUAAAUUGACGUUUGAGUGGUGCUGUGAUUAAUUUUCGAUAUAUUUUAACAAAUAAACACAUUUAAACAUGGUCUCCCUAAAUCCAGUGAGAAUCCUCAACAGGGAAGCAGAGGAGGAAAAAGGUGAAAUAGCUCGUCUCUCGAGUUUUGUAGGUGCAAUUGCCAUUGGCGAUUUGGUUAAAAGUACUUUGGGGCCCAAAGGCAUGGACAAAAUUUUGGUUUCGAGCGGCAGAAACGCUGGCAGCGUAGAGGUUACCAAUGAUGGCGCCACGAUUUUGAAGUCUGUGGGUGUCGACAAUCCAGCCGCCAAAGUUUUAGUUGAUAUGUCUAAAGUGCAAGAUGAUGAGGUUGGAGAUGGAACCACUUCUGUUACAGUGUUGGCCUCGGAACUGCUGAAAGAAGCGGAGAAGCUGAUCGAGCAAAAAAUCCACCCGCAAACGAUCAUAGCGGGCUGGCGCAAGGCCACCGACGUCGCGCGCAAGGCCCUCUUGACCGCCUCUGCGGACAACAGCGCCGACGCGGAAAAAUUCCGCGAGGACCUGCUCAACAUCGCCAGGACCACGCUGAGCUCGAAAAUCCUCUCGCAGCACAAGGAGCACUUCGCUGCUUUAGCGGUUAAUGCUGUGGAGAGGUUGAAGGGCACGGGGGAUUUACAGUCGAUUCAGCUGAUUAAAAAGUCUGGUGGUACCCUUGAGGAUUCCUUUUUAGAGGAUGGUUUUUUGCUGGAUAAAAAGCCGGGUAUACAUCAACCUAAGAGGGUUGAGAACGCUAAGAUUUUGAUUGCAAACACUCCCAUGGAUACGGAUAAGAUUAAGGUGUUUGGUAGCCACAUCAAGGUGGAUUCCAUGGCCAAAAUCGCCGAAUUGGAGUCGGCUGAGAAGGAGAAAAUGAAGGAGAAGGUUGAUAAAAUUUUAAAACACAAACCGACGGUGUUUAUUAACCGGCAGUUGAUCUACAACUACCCGGAGCAGUUGUUCGCCGAUGCCGGAGUUAUGGCCAUCGAACAUGCCGAUUUCGACGGUAUUGAGCGAUUAGCUUUGGUGACAGGAGGCGAGAUAGCCUCGAUGUUUGAUAACCCCGGGGAUAUCAAGUUGGGGACGUGCGAUUUGAUUGAGCAAAUUAUGAUCGGGGAGGAUAUUUUGCUGCGUUUUUCGGGUGUUGCUUUGGGGGAAGCUUGCACUGUGGUGAUUAGAGGCGCGACUCAACAGAUUAUAGACGAAGCUGAUCGUAGUAUCCACGAUGCACUUUGUGUGCUAGCUGCAACUGUAAAAGAGAGCCGCGUUGUUUACGGUGGCGGUUGCAGCGAGACUUUGAUGGCCUGCGCGGUGCGCAAAGCCGCCGCCAGUACUCCUGGCAAGGAGGCUGUAGCUAUGGAGGCGUUCGCCAGGGCGUUGCUGCAGCUGCCCACCAUCAUAGCCGACAACGCUGGCUACGAUUCAGCGCAGCUUGUGUCCGAAUUGGUGGCGGCUCACAACUCGGGGAAGAGCACCAUGGGGUUGAACAUGAACGAGGGCGUUUUGGGGGACAUGAAGGCGCUGGGGAUCACGGAGUCUUUCGUCGUGAAGCGGCAGGUGCUGCUUUCGGCGUCUGAAGCCGCCGAGAUGAUUUUGCGCGUCGAUAACAUUAUUAAAGCGGCCCCGAGGAAGAGGGUCGAAGACAGGGGGCACUGUUAGUGGUUUUAUUUUCUCGAUUUACGCGCUUUUUCCUUCUCUCACAGCAUCAUUAAUAACUUAAUUAGUAACGUUGAAUUUUUUAUUGUACUCAUCCUACAUUAAU